AAUUCUAUCUUUCCAUUUUAUCAAGACAGAUUUCUGAAAUAAGCCGUUUGCAUCCACUGCCAGUUCCCUACACACAAUCAGUGUGAUUCCUGGCCAACACCGGGAACUGGGGCUCAGCCCGGGCUGGCUGCGCUUGGCCCCGGUGCCGGUGCAGGCUCCACGGCGGCUGCCCCGCUUCACCGGGCCCUGCACGGAAACCUCGGCCCGCGGGCACAGGAGGGAAAGGAGGCGGGGAAGAGCGGGGGAAGAGCCAAGGAAGGCAGGCCCGGAGGCGGGAGCAGCCUCGGGGCGCGGCGCGGGGAGGCCGGGCCAGCUCCGGGAACCGCUGCUCGGCCGGGGGAACCUUCCCCUCCCGACCCGCCCGGGACAGCAGCGGCCCGGGCGGCCGCGAUGGACUCCGGCAGCGAGACCCACGAGCUGAACGGGACGGCGGAGGGCGCGGAGUCGGCGGCCGAGGAGCAGCACAGAGCAUGGCAGUGGUUCCAAAGGAACAGACCCAUCAACAUCAACCACUACGCCAACAAGAAGAGCGCGGCCGAGAGCAUGCUGGACAUCGCCCUGCUGAUGGCCAACGCCUCCCAGCUCAAAGCUGUCAUGGAGCAAGGGCCCUCCUUUUCCUUCUACGUCCCAUUGAUCAUUCUCAUCAGCCUGUCACUCACCCUGCAAGUUGUGGUGGGGGUGCUCCUCAUAUUCCUUGUAAAAUAUGACCUUAACAACCCUGCAAAACAUGGAAAGCUGAAUUUCCUCAACAACCUUGCAACUGGACUAGUAUUCAUUAUAGUAGUUGUGAAUAUUUUUAUCACUGCCUUUGGAGUGCAGAAACCAGUUGCUGAGUCAGCAUCAAGACAGUAAGGACCAGAGACCUGGAGCAUUCAUUUUAGAUGCCAUUUGCAGUUGAGCCUGCUACACUGGACACAGUGGGGAAGGAAAAAUAAUUUGAAGAAGCUGGACACAUCAAGCAGCUUUCUCAAGCUUCCAACACACUUGUAUACCUAAAAUUUUCCCAUGUGUUAAUAUUUAAGUGUUUGACAUCUCAGAAGAGGUUGAUUUUGCCCCAAGGAUACUGUUUUACUGGAAUGUUGGCACUUCACUUUCUGAAGAAACUUAAUUUUUUUUUCAGAGAAGUGCCAUAAACUAAUGAAACAAGGAAAUAUCAUCUAGUAGCACUUAACAGGACUUUUCUUUUUACAUGCCUUUGGUUUUUGUGGCAAUUUGUCAUUUCCACCAUUGUAAGAAAUGUCAAGCCUUUGAUUCUGACAUGGUCACAUUUCCCUUUAUUUCACAGCUUGGCACCAAGCCCAUGUACUCUGUAGCCCAGCAGGGCUCUUCCUUUGCAGCGUGUUAAGGUGGCUGUGCCUUUCUUUCCUUUUUUUUUUUCAACUCUAGCUAAAGCAAAGAUGAGACAAACAGAAACAAGCAGCAUUCUUUUGUUUGGUUUUGUUCACAGGAAAUAAUUUGUACUGUUUCUUCUGGACACACUUAAAAUGUCCUGUCCUUCAUGCACAGACACAAAGAACCUAAUUGUUCAUGGUUUCUUACCAUGAACUGCUCUUCUGUGUAUUCUGUGCAUUAUAUGUAUUUAUUUGAAUCAUAGAGUAGUUUGGAUUCAAGGGGCCUUUAAAGGACAUCCAGUCCCAUCCCUGCCGUGGCAGGGACACCUUCCACUGUCCCAGGCUGCUCCAAGUGCUCCAGUGUCCAACCUGGCCUUGGGCACUGCCAGGGAUCCAGGGACAGCCACAGCUGCUUUGAGAACCCUGUGCCAGGGCCUGCCCACACUCAUUGUAAAAGGUUCUUUCUUAUAUCAAAUUUCUGGAAACACUGCCACCUUUUCUAUGGUCAGCUGGUAAACUGAAAGAUCCAGGCUGAACUUUACCAGCUAAACUGGUACCAAUUGCCUGUCAGCAGCAAUUCAAAUGGCAAAAUGAACUGAGUUUUUUCUCUCUAGUUUCCUCUCUCCCUUACCAUCGAUUUCUGCAGUUUUGUUACUUUUAUGAGUUUAUGGCUAAACGCAAAAACAAUUUUUAAAUUUUUAUUUUUAAAUAUAUGUAGAGAGAUAUAAUUAUCUUCCAGGCUCUUUCCUGCUGGCUCAGGGACUUACAUUUUUUCUAAAUACACUAUUGUUAGUAAUGGUGUAGGUUACAAGAAUUUCUUCAACAAAAACAUUUUAUUUCCAAAGUAUCAUACCUGAAGUCAUAAAAAUUUGAGUUUUUUAGGUUGCACUUAUAUGUAGACGCAGAUUUGUAUUAAUCAAUUUUCUUAGCAUCAGUUUUCAGGUGCUCUCUUGUACAUAAGAAUAGAAGAUUGACUUCGUGUGUCUCAUCUCAUUUACAAUUUUUCUUACUGACCUUUCUCUUUUGUUAUGUUUCAAAGCCCAUUGAUGUACCAGACUUUCAUGUAUGUUCUGUAAGAAUUACUAAAGGAAAACAAAUCAAGCUUUUGUGAUUAGUAAUGGAAUAGGCAUGCUUUUUCUUUUCUAAUUUAUCUUUUUUUGCUUCAUUUCCACUGUAACAUGUAUUUAACCAGUAUCCAGCAGGCAGCAGUUUAAUUGUGUGUGGUGUACUAAUUUAAACGUAGCUCAGAACAAGCUCUGAAUGAGGCAUGCAGGACAACUUCCUGUAUUUAUUUUUCACAAACCACCGACUGCUGUGGGACCUUUCAUGCCCACUUGUGGCUGUCACGCUUCUGAUGCUGCUUCCCAUGUCUUGUAUAUGUGAUUAGGUAAGAUUUGCAAAACAUUCUCAGACAUGAAAUCUGUAUUUUAAGUCUCCAAAGCCUUCAGAGUUCAUGUAUUUUUUAGCAGAGAGAAGCAUCUGCAGGUUGGUUUCAAGAAUAAAUAAUUUAAUCAAACGAU